AUGUCGCUGCCACUACCAGCAAUUCUCACCUGCCGCCUUGCCAUCAAGAACGGCGAUCCUCUGACUUCGUGCCGAAACAAGACCGAGCCCAUCGACUUCUCCUUUCAGAUUGACCGUAGCUUUAGGCUAUUCAAGGCUCAAGUAGCAACCGAAUUCAUCCGUCGUCUGCCAAACGAUUGGCAGGAUGACUUCAGCGUCUAUCUCAAGCCCACCAAGCACGCUCCACAACGUGAAUUUCUCGAGUUGGACGAGGAAAAUUUCUCCAGCCGCGUCGCCAGAUCUUGGGAAUUAGCUCGCCUUCGCCUACACGGUCAGUCUGAUUUUGUUUUAAUGAGUUUUGUUUACGUUCCAAGAGCACCAGAACCAAGAGCCAACACUAUUCGUAGAGCAACCAAAAAUCAAAUCCAAGAGCAAGUUCCUCGUGUAGCAGCUGUGCUAGCUGAGCGCAAUAUUUCGAGUGGGCCAGCCUCACAGCUGUACAUGGCAACAAUCCAAGCUCGACUUCCAGCUGAUGCUCCACUACAAGUUCCUGAUAACACAACAUUUCGACAACUUCGGAACAUUGAUCAGCUUUCGCAGGAAAUGGAGACAAAUCAAAAUACAACUCAAGCAACCGCUGACAUGAAUUUCAGAAUGCUCAGGAUCAAAAUUCAAGGUACAGUGAUCCAAGUGCAAGUUCAUGUUGGGGAUCUCCAGGAAAUUCUCGGUUUACCGGCCUACAGCCUUCGUCCUCCGUUCCGUGACCCGGUAGAUUUUGAGACUCCCGCUCCUGCAGAAGACAUGGAUGAUGUCAAUCACCUUAACGAUCAUCUCUAA